CUAGUGUUCAAGCCUUCCAUUCCUGAAAGCUUAUCACCACCUCCCUCGUCAGAGUCCCGAUAAUCCCGAUAGCCUCAAGGCAUUCCGUGAAGAAACCUAAAGCCAGCCGCGAUGACGCAAAAGAUCGUGAUCAAGGUGGAGAUGUCCAGCGAGAGGUGCCGGUCAAAGGCGAUGGCGCUGGUGGCGGCCACAUCGGGGGUGGACUCGGUGGCGCUCGCCGGAGAUCCCAAGGACCAGGUGGUGGUGGUCGGCGACGGCGUCGACCCCGUCAAGCUCACCACCGCGCUGCGGAAGAAGGUCGGCCACGCGCAGCUCCUGCAGGUCAGCGACGCCAAGAAGGAGGAGGAGAAGAAGAAGCCGGCGGAAGCCGCCACUGCCGCCACCGCUGUGGAGUACCCGUGGCACUACUACCAGUACUACCCUUCGCAUUCGGUGCCGGUCUACGAGCACCCCGCCGGCGCCUAUGGUUACCAGCAGUACCACUCCCGGCCAAACACAUGCUCCAUAAUGUAGAUUGAGCUGACGGAUUUUUGUAAACGGCAGGGUACACGAAA